AUGGCGGGCGUAAGUCUUGCACAUUGCGGCAAGAUCCGUUCAUUUUCUCGUCUUUUAUGCCAAUAUAAUCCACAUUUUAGAAAUUGUCUCAAUAAUCAAGUAGAAAAUAAGUACAAAAGUCUUGCUGUAUUGUCCAUACGUUCAUUAUGYUCUUCRGCGAGUCCAGAUAAUCAGUCAAAAAGUGARUCAGYGGUGGAGACGAGCAAAAGACCGUUCGAUUUGACUUUUGAGGAAUAUCAGAAGCUGAAGAGGAAGAUCAGAUCGAGACAGAGAGUUGCUGGACUUCCAAUAGCAGCUGUAGCAUUGAUGACAUCAUCAGCUGUCAGUGCUUAUUUAAAUCCUAAUAUGUUUGAUGCCCCCCCUGACCAGAUCCAGCCAAUCAUGGGAAUGGAUCCAUUGAUAUUCUGUGGACUUUGUGGAGUUGCUAGUGCUGGUGUUGGAUAURUAGCAGGGUCUGCUCUCUUUCGCUUGCUAUGGAAAAUAUUGAAUAAAGAUGUUGCAGUAAAAAUGGACAUGCGGGAAGCUGAUUUUUUAGAAAGAAUUUCUUCAAAAAGGGCWGCAUCUUUUAGCAAGUUUGAAGAUGAUUACUACGGAGAAAGCAUCAAAACACUAAGUGACUAUCGACAGUGGCUCAGGGAACAACAAAAGAAAAAACAAGUAGAUGAAAAGUUUGCAAAAUCUGAAAAAGAAGAAGAGAAAGGAGCUGCUCAAGUGAACUAACAUUCUUACAGAAAAUAAUGUUGUAAAUAAAGUGUUUAUUCCAGUCUAUUGGAAAAGUAAGAAAUUAAAAAAGUCUGUUUUA